AUGGUAGCCCGAGGCUUGCUGGGUUACGUAGGUAGGUUGGCUUGGCCCCGCGCCCGCAGGCAUCCCCCUCCUCAGCAGUAAGUGUGUCAAAGACGGGGCCCUGGCUCAGGAUUGCGACACUACUCCACGAACGUUUGCCGACGAAAACUGACCUGAAUCCUCGAAGCGACUUUCGCGCACCCACCCGAUUCACCUUUUGGAUUAACUGAUCGCAGUAUUUCCCGACGCAUUGCGCCAGCGGCCAUCAUGUCUGUAGAUCCACGCGGUCUCAUUGCAAAGGCAGAGAAGACGCUCCAGAGCGCGUCUGGAGGCUUCAGCUUCUUUAGCAGCGGCAAGGAGGACAAGUUACAGAGCGCGGCCGAGCUGUUCGUCGAGGCCGGCAAUGCCUUCAAGCUCGAGAGGAUGAAUACCGAGGCCGGCAAGGCUUUCGAAAAGGCGGCCGACAUCCACAGGAACAAGCUUAACGAGCCUGACGACGCCGCAAACCUUAUGGUCGACGCCUUCAAGGUCUAUAGAAAAGAUAGCCCCGAAGACGCGGUUCGCUGCGUCGAGCAGGCCAUCAACCAUUACACAUCUAAGGGCAACUUCCGGAGAGCCGCGUCCCACAAGGAAACCGAGGGCGAGGUCCUCGAGAUGGAGAUUGGCGACCUGAAGCGGGCCCUGGACUGCUACGAGAAAGCGGCUACGUGGUAUGAGGGAGACAACGCCACAGCUCUGGCCAACAAACUCUGGCUCAAGGUGGCCGAUAUCUCGGCCCUCGACGAUGACUUCUACAGGGCGGUGGAGAACUUCGAGAAGGUGGCCGAGCAGUCGCUCAACAACAACCUGAUGAGAUACUCGGUCAAGGAGUACUUCCUGAAGGCGGGCCUGUGCAUGCUCGCGACCAAGGACGUCAUCACCACGAGGCGCAACCUCGAGCGCUACGCAGAAAAGGACCCGAGUUUUGCGGGGCAGCGCGAGUACCAGCUGCUGUCAGACUUGGUCGAUGCUGUCGAGGCCGGGAACCAAGAAGCCUACACAGAUAAGCUGUUUGCCUACGACCAGAUGAGCAGGCUCGAUAAGUGGAAGACGGCAAUCUGUGUGAAGAUCAAGAACCAGAUCGAAGAAGCCGACAAUGAGUUUUCUUAAGCGGGGACAGGGGGAUAUGCGAAAGGUAGAUAAAAAAACGUUUGUCAGCUGCCCCCUUCCUCUGUCACGGCGUUUUUCGGGAUUUGACGGGGAGGGGGAUUGAUUCAAUCGCUUUGGACUUUCUUUUCUUUUCUGAUUUGGGGCGGUAUACCUAGAGUCCAUAGCUGAUGAGCCAGAACUACCUCAUUAUUGAUUUUUGUUUCAAUUCUCUUUCUAUUGUGUUUUUUCAAGUC